AUGGCUCUCUACUGCCGUCACUUCCUCAUUCAGCUCGCGUCCGAGAGAGACAAGCAGGCCGUCUGCAAGAAAAUUGGAGGGAGCAUUCAACAAGACGCUAACGAGAUGAACCAAGUCGCUUUCGUAGUCGUCAAGAAUCCUCUAGACCCAAAAGUUGAGACGCCGGGGGACAUAGCAGACGCUCUAUGCAAAGCCGUAAAAUUCAUUGCCGUGGACCAGCUCGAUGCUAAGGACGACUGCGGCUAUGGUCCUUUUAGCAUCGACUACCAGCCGAAGCACGGAAAGGACCCGAUUUCGCUAGAGAUAUUGCGUUCCAGAAGAUUGCUAAUCGGAGCAAGGGUGCUCAAAAUGCGCCUGAGAGGCCAGUAG